AGUGGAGCAACCGGACCAAAUCCAAAUCCUUCCUUCUCUUCAAUUAAGCCGGUGGUAACCCAAUGCAACUCUCCAUCUAGCGCACUGUUCGAUUCGAAGAUUCCGCUCUUAAUCCAUCCCCUUCUCUCCUCCGACGAUUCGUGCUCGUCCAACUGUGGUCGGUGGUGGUAGACGGCCGGCGACUAGGCCGAGGAGUAUGCAUGAUGAGCACCUCGUGGAGAGACAAGCAGCACCCCAACCUCAUCAACUUCAUUGCCACAUUCCUAGCUGCAAACUUGUACCGCCUCAACUUCCUGUCAGUUUCUCCGGACUUCAUCUUCAACAAUGGGGGCACAUCUGUUGCUUUUAUCUUUGAGACAAAUUGGGAUUCUGAAAAUGAAAGUGCUGUCUUCAGCAGGGUGAAUACACUGAAGAGGCAGUUCAAACAUCUUUAUGUUGUUGUUGUCGUUCCCACAGGAGAACAAAAUGAAUCAUUUAACCAAUCGUAUUUCAAGUAUGGCAUGGAGCUUGGCUGUCCUACAUUUGUGCCUGUUUGUGAUCCAGAGAUGGGAUUUGAGAAGAUUGUAAAGAUAGCUCAUGCUCGUGGAGUAUGCAAGCAGCAAGACAUUGUCACAACUAUGAGGAAUGAGCGUGUGCAAGCUGUUCAGUGCAUGGAUGCAUUUUUACGAGUGCUGACCUCUAUUCCUGGUAUUGACAGUCAUGAUGCAAAUGCGCUUUCCCAAGCUAUUGGCUCCAUUGAAGCAAUUGCAAAGGCAUCCAAGGAAUUCAUCCUGGAAAACACUGAUCUUUCCACUGAGAAGGCAGAGAGGAUUGUCAGGUUCUUCAGGGAUCCACAGUACUACUUAAGCCCUAAAAUCAAGUAAUUCUUGCAGGCAAAAUCAGGUCGAUUGUUUCGAGUCCCUCCCUGUUGAAGUGCGCUAACAUUGGACACCUGGAUCGUGCAUCCCGGGCUUGUAAAUAUUUCUGCAAUAGCCAAGUCGCGAUAUAGCGGAAGACGAAUGACGUCGUACUGCCUAGUUGAUGACAGUGAGACACUGUAGAAUCCGUGCAUCCUGUAGUUCUGAACAAUUGCAACGUUCCCGUGCAAGCAUCCAUCCCCGUUUAUUUCGAAGAAAAAGUUUUUUUUGUUUU